AUGUAGAUUAAAGCAGAAACUGUUUAUGUUGGAGGUUUCACUGUCGCAAAAUAAGAAUUUGCAGAAAUUGUUAGAGAAAAAAGAUUUGAUGGCAUUGUUGGAUUAGCAUAUCCAAAAAUGGCUUCUUAAAAUUUCAACCCUUUAUUUGAAAAGAUAAUGCAAUAGAAAUUGUUAGUCAGAAAUAUAUAUUUUCUUUCUACUUUUCAACAUAUGAAGUUUCCCCGAUCAUUUGAAUUUACCUUGGGUGGUUGGAAUAAUGAUCAUUUCACUGGAGAGUUGCAUUUUCAUAAUGUUGCUGACAAUAUUAUUGGUUAUUGGAUGCAGAUAACAUUCUGGAAAGACAUAGGACUUUGCAAACAUGGAUGCAAGGUAGUUGCAGAUACUGGCACUUCAUUAUUAACUGGUCCAUCAGAUGGUUUAUAUGAUUUACUGGGUAUUAUUUUACCUAUAUAUACCUUAAACAUUGAUGAAAUAGCAGCAACCUUAAAGAUUUACCAAAAUUAAGAUUCAUUUUGA